UGCCCGCCGCAGUUUUUUGUUUUUUUUUUGUUUGAAAAUUUUAAACAGUUUUUAUUGUUGGUAAAAAUUUUGUGGAAAAAUAUGUCUAAUUUAAAGCCGUGUCCUUAUGCGGAGAAAUGUUAUCGCAAGAAUCCUAUACAUUUUGGAGAAUUCGCUCAUCCUCAUUUGGACAACAUUUACCAGAAGGGUAUAGACCCCAAAACUAAUGAAUACAAAAUACCCAAUGAACUGUCUUCCAAUGUUGAUAUUCUGUUGCAGCAACUCAAAUUACUGGAAAAGUUGUUCCCUAAAGAUGAUGCAAAACCCAAAAAGAAGGAAGAGAAUCCUCAAGGUUCUUCCAGCUCCUUGAAAGCAGAAACUGUUAAAACGAGUGAUAAACGUUCUAAAUCACCACAACCCAGCUCGUCUACAGCCCGGCAAGCAAGUGAUGAUUCAAAUUUGGCUAAGAAGCAAAAAAUAGCACGCAACAUUAGGGACUAUAUACCGGUAGUAGUAGAAAAGGGAAAAAUGGCUAAAAAAUUGGAAGCAGCAGCACCGUAUAACUUUUUCCUUACUGCCAUAACCGAUUCGAAGCCUACACAUAAUGAAGCCUUAAGCGUAACAAUGCAAGAAAUCUUAGAUGAAAGUUUGGGCAUUAUAGAGAGUACGGUGCAAAUUAAUUUUAUGGUGGAUAUUGGCUGGCUUUUGGGUCAUUACUAUUUUGCCGGCAUACUGAAUACUCCUUUAUUAGUUUUAUAUGGUGAUGACACUCCAGAAUUACUAACAAUCGAUAAACAUAAACCUCAGGUAACAGCGAUUAAGAUUAAAAUGCCCACUCCAUUUGCCACUUCACAUUCCAAAGUUAUGUUACUGGGCUACAAAGAUGGUUCAAUGAGGGUGGUGGUAUCAACCGCCAAUCUUUAUGAAGAUGAUUGGCAUAAUCGUACUCAGGGCAUAUGGAUAAGUCCUCUAUGUCCAGCUUUGCCGGAAGAAGCGGACACAGCAUCUGGUGAAAGUCCUACAAAUUUUCGCCAAGAUUUAAUGUUAUAUUUGGUGGAAUAUAAAUGUGCUAAAUUGCAGCCAUGGAUUGCGCGUAUACGAAAGUCUGAUUUUAGCGCUGUAAAUGUUUUCUUUAUCGGCUCCGUACCCGGAGGACAUCGAGAAGGACCCCGCGGUCAUCCCUGGGGCCAUCCACGUGUUGGUAGUCUUCUACAAAAACAUUGUGGUCCUGUCGAUGAAAAAAUUCCCGUUGUAUGUCAAAGUUCCAGUAUUGGCAGUUUGGGUGUCAAUGUUCAAGCAUGGAUACAACAUGACUUUCUAAACAGUCUACGUAAAGAUGGCAUGCCUUUGGGUAUACGACAGCUGCCACCCUUUAAAAUGAUCUAUCCCAGUUAUAGUAAUGUCAGUCGCAGUCAUGAUGGCAUGUUGGGCGGUGGCUGUUUACCUUACAGUAAAAGUACUAAUGACAAACAGCCAUGGCUUAAAACAUAUCUACAACAGUGGAGUUCAAAGUUACGCCAUCGUUCUCGUGCUAUGCCUCACAUUAAGUCUUAUACCAGAUAUAAUUUGGAAGAUAAGUCUGUUUAUUGGUUUAUUUUAACAUCGGCUAAUUUGUCAAAGGCUGCCUGGGGUUGCUAUAAUAAAAACGUUAACAUAUCUCCUUGUCUGCGUAUUGCUAAUUAUGAAGUUGGUGUCCUGUUUUUGCCAAAAUUUGUGAUCGGAGAGGAUACAUUUCCUUUGGGUGCACCACGUGAUGGUAUACCGCCAUUUCCUUUGCCCUAUGAUGUUCCCCUAACACCAUACGGUCCAGAUGAUAAACCUUUUCUUAUGGACUAUUUACAUAUGUAGUGUUAAUUUCCAGAGUUAUUUAUUUCUUGCAAAGAAACUCAGCAGAUCGUUAACCCUAACAGAUAAGAAUUUAUUAAUGCUUUUUUAUAUAUAAACACACACACACACAUA